AUGCGUCACCUGUGGCUGGCCCGCUUAGGAGAGCUGCUGCUCUCUGUCGUGUGUACUCAGCCAGCCCUCAAGCCUGCAAUGCCUCCAGUGCUCAAGAACCAGCCUUUCAACAUCUUCUGGGCCGCCCCAACAAUGAAUUGUCAAAAUUUCUUCAAUGUGAACAAGAAUCUUCAAGUAUUUAACAUUCUAUCAAAUCCUUUAGUGACUCAGAGUGGAUCGAUAAUAGAAUCUUCAAUGGAUCGACAAUUGCCAUUUUUUUAUCCAGAUGAAUUAGGGUAUUACCCUUAUUUCUCUCAAGAUGGAACAUCCUUUAAUGGAGGGAUACCCCAGAAUAUGAGCCUUUCUAAACACCUUAGGAAAACUGCCGAUGACAUUGCAAAAGCUGUCCCUGUGUGGCGAUCAGAAGGACUUGUCGUUAUUGACUGGCAAAGUUGGAAACCAUAAUGGGACAGAAAUUGGGGCAGCAGAAUCAUGUAUAAAAAUCACUCCUUAGCCUUCACUAGAAACCUCCAUCCUGAUUGGUCAGAAAGGAAAGUGAAAACAGUUGCCCAGCAGGAAUUCGAACAUGCUGGCAGGAAUUUUAUGAACAUUACCCUCAGGCUAGCUUUGGAAAUGAGACCAAAACGUCUGUGGGGCUUCUAUCUUUACCCAGAUUGCUACAAUUAUGAUUACAGGAUAAAUCCAGAGAGCUACACAGGUAAUUGCCCAAAUGAGGAAAUUUUCCGCAAUGACCAACUCCUGUGGCUGUGGGAUAAAAGCAUGGCACUUUAUCCUUCAAUAUAUUUGGAUAAAAUAUUGAAGUCAAGUUUAAAAGCUUUGAAAUUUGUUCAUUAUUGAGUUAGAGAAGCCAUGAGAAUUGCUGAAAUGGCUAGAAAUGACUAUGUUUUACCGGUUUUUAUUUUUUCCAGACCAUUUUAUUUACACGGUAUGGAAGCUCUGUCACAGGAGGAUUUAGUACAUACAAUUGGUGAAAGUGCUGCAUUAGGGGCAGCAGGAAUAAUAUUGUGGGGAGGAUAUGAAUACUCUUCUUCAAAGGAGACCUGCUUAUCUGUGCAACAGUCUAUUCAAGGGCCAUUGGGCCAUUAUGCUGUUAAUGUGACAUCUGCAGCCAAGCUCUGCAGUCAAAGUCUAUGUAACGAUCAUGGAAGAUGUGCAAAAACACCUGAAUCCUCCUCCUAUCUGCAUAUGCCUGAAAGCAGCGGCAAGAAAUAUGUCCAAAACAAGAGCUUUAGUUUCAUCAUUUCUGAAAACAACCAAGUGAAGACAAUAAUGGACAUGAAGAAGGGAUUUGAGUGUCACUGCUAUUACGGCUGGCAUGGACAGUCUUGCAACCAUCAGUCUUCUGAUUUCUUGAGAGGGAAGAAUGAGGCUCCUACUACUAAAUUUAACUUCUCAGUUUUUCUCAGUAUGAGCUUAUCUGUGAUUCUGCUGAAUUUUUUUUACCCUUACUACAAUGUCAAUUUUUCCUUGCAAUGGUGA